CCGCGCCAAAGUUAAGUAUUUCACAGCACAAUGAAAACUCUUGGCAUGCUGAAAGUUCUCGAGGUGCUGUGCCUGGCGCUGUGCACCUUGCUGUGCCUGCCAGACAUGUGGAGCCUCCUGCUGCACUCCUGGAGGCUGCAGCAGGCAGUGCAGGAGUGGCGGGACGGCGGCCCCCACACCACCCUCGUGGGCCGCCUGCGGGAGCGUCUGGCCGCCGCUGGCUGGCUGGCACCCCCGCGGGACCCCCUCCUGGAGUGCGGCGUCCCCCUAGGUGGAGGCUGGACGGAGACGCUGCAGCGGCUGUACGGCGCUGACAGCUAUCUGUUCUGCCUGGAGAGGGAGGUGGAGCAGGCCCAGCAGGAGCACCUGGCCUUCCGGGCAAACCUCCUGCUGGCAGCGGCCUGCGCCGCCUCCGUCACCGUGCUGGCCGCCCUUCUGGCUGUGUGCGGCUGCCUGCUGCUGAGACUCGCCCGGCGCCCCCAGCAGCAGCAGCAGGCCGCUGAGGCCGCCAGGGAAGUCAUGCCCCCUGGUGAGGCGCCACGCGGUGAGGUUCAGCCCAGGACGGAUAGGCCCAAAGGCUGCCCAGGAAAGCCGGCCCGGCCCUCGGUUGUCAGUGUCCUCAGUAAGAGGCGCUACAAGCGGCGGGUCGCUGGGCGCCCUAAGGCUGCCUCGUCCGGUCCCGUACCUGAGGCGAACCACGUCCUGCCCUGCCCCGUGGCCGCCGGGGGCCAGGCGAGCCACGACACGUCUUCCCCAGUGGCCGCCGAGGUCCAGGUGAGCCACGACGUGGCCUCCCUAGUGGGCGACAUGGCCCGGGAGUGCCACAACAUGGCCUCCCCAGUGGCCACAAUGGCCCGGGAGUGCCACGAUAUAGCCUCCGCAGUGGCCGACAUGGCCCGGGAGAGCCACGACAUGGCCUCCCCAGUGGCCGAAAUGGCCCGGGAGUGCCACGACAUGGACUCCCCAGUGGCCGACAUGGCCCGGGAGUGCCACAACAUGGACUCCCCAGUGGCCACAACGGCCCGGGAGUGCCACGACAUGGCCUCCCCAGUGGCCGACAUGGCCCGGGAGUGCCACAACAUGGACUCCCCAGUGGCCACAACGGCCCGAGAGUGCCAACCCCCGCCAGUCAGCAGGACGGGAGACGCGGCCUGUGACCCUGCUGCCCAGGCCACUGGGCGAGGCCAGAAGGAGGCUACGCCUAGCCCAGUGGUCACGAAGGGGCCAUCGCAGGCCGCCCAGGCUCAGGAGCCCCCAGGGCUUGACACCCCUCCCAAUGAGGAGGGAGGGGCACUCCUGCCUCAGAGGAGAAGCCCUGCACGCCCCCGCCCGUACAGGAGGCGCCACUGGAGGCAGACGAGGCAGCCUCAGUGGUGCGCCGCUGCCUGCACGUGAACCCCAGGUUCAGGGAGCGCCUGGAGGGGCCUAACGGGAGCUUCCUGGAGCACCUGGGCCUCCAGUACGGCGUCCUGGUCUUCACGAUCCCCGCCAAAAGGAAAAUGCAGAUCAGGGGCGCCAAGCAGCGCGUCCUUGACUG